CGGGACUCCCGCCAAAGACUUCAGGAGCAAGCAGUUUACAGCAGCAUGCAAGGGGCAUAGAUGGGGCUCUCCUCCCUUACUCCUUAAGGCGCUGCCAAAGCCCUAGAGGGAGAUAGUCAGAAACUACCUUCAAACAAAAACUGCAGCAUCUUUGCCCUUUCCAGUCCCCGCCAGGGAGUGGGGUUUUCGGGUUUACACAAAUUGAAUCCUCAAGUCCAAACUAUUACCCCCACCCCUAUCCCGGUUCAAAGAGAUUUAAAAAAUCUAAAUGAAUUACUCUUGAGAGGAAGCCUUCUGCUGGUUAUUGAAGAGGACUAAGCACAUUGCUUAGGCACUCGGAAAAAAAAAAAAAUGAUUUCCUGGGAAAUCGUCCCUGGCUGGGGUGUGGGAGUCCACACCGUACUCUUUUUGGCUCUACUUUCUUCUUCCUUAGCUCAAGAUAGCAGCCCAGAAAAGGAACCCGGUGGCGCCGAGGAGAUCCCAGAAGGGGCAUCCACCUUGGCUUUUGUUUUCGAUGUCACCGGCUCCAUGUACGAUGAUUUAGUUCAGGUUAUUGAAGGAGCCUCCAAAAUCUUGGAGACAUCUUUGAAGAGACCCAAGAGACCACUCUACAACUUUGCUCUGGUGCCUUUCCAUGAUCCAGAAAUUGGGCCAGUAACAAUCACCACAGAUCCCAAGAAAUUUCAGUAUGAACUCAGAGAACUCUAUGUUCAGGGUGGUGGUGAUUGUCCAGAAAUGAGUAUUGGAGCCAUCAAAAUUGCCCUGGAAAUUUCUCUUCCUGGAUCUUUUAUAUAUGUAUUUACCGAUGCACGAUCCAAAGAUUAUAGACUGACUCAUGAAGUAUUACAACUCAUCCAACAGAAGCAGUCACAAGUGGUAUUCGUGCUAACAGGAGAUUGUGAUGAUAGAGGCCAUAUUGGUUAUAAAGUUUAUGAAGAGAUUGCUUCUACAAGUUCGGGUCAGAUUUUCCACUUAGAUAAAAAACAAGUCAAUGAGGUGUUAAAAUGGGUAGAAGAAGCAGUACAAGCUUCAAAAGUUCAUCUCCUCUCCACUGAUCAUUUAGAAAAAGCUGUAAAUACCUGGCAAAUCCCCUUUGAUCCCAGUCUAAAGGAAGUUACUGUAUCUCUGAGUGGCCCUUCUCCACUGAUUGAAAUUCGUAAUCCAUUAGGGAAGCUGAUAAAAAAAGGAUUUGGCUUGAAUGAACUAUUAAAUAUCCAUAACUCUGCCAAGGUAGUGAAUGUGAAGGAGCCAGAACCUGGCAUGUGGACAAUUAAGACAUCUAGCAAUGGAAGACAUUCAGUUCGCAUUACUGGCUUAAGUACCAUUGAUUUCCGAGCUGGCUUUUCAAGAAAACCAAUACUAGACUUCAAAAAAACAGUUAGCAGACCAGUACAAGGUAUACCUACGUAUGUACUUUUGAAUACCUCUGGGAUAUCUGUUCCAGCCAGAGUGGAUCGUCUUGAACUUCUGAGUAUCUCUGGAGAUCCUCUUAAAACUAUUCCUGUUAAAUACUAUCCUGAUCGAAAACCAUAUGGCAUAUGGAACAUUUCUGACUUCAUUCCACCAAAUGAAGCUUUUUUCCUUAAAGUAACAGGUUAUGAUAAGGAUGAUUAUCUUUUCCAAAGAGUUUCAAGUGUGUCAUUUUCUAAUAUUGUUCCAGAUGCUCCUAAAGUUACAAUGCCCAAGAAAACUCCAGGAUACUACCUCCAGCCAGGCUAUAUUCCUUGUUCUGUUGAGAGUCUUCUGCCUUUUACUUUGCGUUUUGUCAGAAAUGGAGUGACACUGGGAGUGAAUCAGUACUUGAAAGAAUCAGCAACAGUAAAUUGGGAUAUUGAAAAAGUUACCUUGUCAGAUGAAGGUUACUAUGAAUGUGAAGCUACUAGCACUGCAGGAACUGGUCGGGGAGACACUUUUUUUGAUGUUUCAGAGCCCCCUCCUAUUAUCCAAGUACCUAAUAAUGUGACUGUUACUCCUGGAGAACUAGCAACCUUGACAUGUCUGGUCAUAAGUGCAGUGCCUUACAACCUUACUUGGCAGAGAAAUGAUAGAGAUGUCAGACUGGCUGAUCCAGCUCGAAUCAAGACUAUGACAAACCUCUCCUUGGAGAUUAAUAGUGUAAAAUUCACUGAUGCUGGAGAAUAUAAUUGUAUGGUUUUUAAUGAAGGAGGUUCAACAGUCGCUUCAGUCUUCCUUUCUGUGCAAGAGCUACCUAAAGUUACAGUCAUGCCCAAGAAUCAGUCUUUCACAACGGGAUCUGAGGUCUCCAUCAUGUGCUCUUCAACUGGUUAUCCCAAACCAAAGAUAGUCUGGACUUAUAAUGACUUGUUUAUCAUGGGCUCAAACAGGUAUAGAAUAACCUCAGAAGGCACCUUGAUUAUAAAAAAUGCAAUUCCCAAAGAUGCAGGAGAAUAUGGAUGUUUGGCUAGUAAUUUGGCUGGGACAGAUAAACAGACUUCUACUCUGAGAUAUGUUGAUGCCCCAAAGUUGACUGUAGUUCAGAGUGAACUCUUGGUUGCCUUGGGGGACACAACAGUUAUGGAAUGUCAAACCACUGGUGUUCCUUUGCCUCAAGUCAAAUGGUUUAAAGGUGAUCUUGAAUUGAGGGCUUCUGCAUUUCUCCACAUUGACUCACUACAAGGCAUUCUGAAAAUUCAAGAGACCCAAGAUUUGGAUGCUGGUGAUUAUACCUGUGUAGCAGUCAAUGAAGCUGGAAGGGCAACUGGCCACAUAACUUUGGAUGUUGGCUCUUCCCCAAAUUUUAUACAGGAACCUAGCGAUAUAUCCAUGGAAAUUGGCUCAAAUGUGACAUUACCUUGCUAUGUUCAGGGAUACCCAGAACCAAAAAUCAAAUGGCGACGGCUAGACAACAUGCCACUCUUCUCAAGGUCCUUUGCUGUUAGUUCCAUCAGUCAACUAAGAACAGGAUCCCUCUCUAUCAUCAAUUUAUGGGCCAGUGAUAAAGGUACUUACAUUUGUGAAGCUGAAAACCAAUUUGGGAAGAUCCAGGCACAGGCAACCAUAACAGUGACAGGGCUUGUUGCUCCACUUAUUGGAAUCAGCCCUGCUGUAGCCAAUGUGAUUGAAGGGCAGCAGCUCACUCUACCUUGCAUGCUGUUGGCUGGAAAUCCCAUUCCAGAACGUCGAUGGCUGAAAAACUCCGCUCUGUUGGUUUCCAAUCCUUAUAUCAGUAUUCGCAGUGAUGGGAGCUUACACCUUGAAAGAGUUCGCCUUCAGGAUGGUGGUGAAUAUACCUGUGUAGCAAGUAAUGUUGCUGGAACUCACAAUAAAACUACUAAUGUUAAUGUGUAUGUUCUGCCAAUUAUUCAACAUGGACAACAGAUAUUCAGCACAAUUGAAGGAGUCCCUGUAAGUUUACCAUGCAAAGCAAGUGGAGUUCCCAAACCAGCUAUUGUAUGGUCCAAAAAAGGAGAACUGAUUUCUCCCAGCAAUGCUAAAUUUUCUGCAGGAUUAGAUGGGAGUUUAUAUAUAGUGUCACCAGGAGGUGAGGAAAGUGGAGAAUAUGUCUGCACUGCCACCAAUGCAGCAGGAUAUGCCAAAAGAAAAGUUCAGCUGACAGUUUAUGUAAGACCCAGAGUGUCCGGGGAUCAACAAGGACUGACACAGGAUAAGCCAAUAGAGAUCUCAGUGACAGCAGGUGAAGAUGUUACACUUCCAUGUGAGGUGAAAAGCCUGCCUCCACCCACAAUUACGUGGGCCAGAGAAACACAACUCAUCUCCCCAUUCUCUCCCAGGCACAUCUUCCUUUCUUCAGGAUCAAUGAAAAUCACUGAAACACGUGUUUCAGAUAGUGGAAUGUAUCUUUGUGUUGCCACAAAUAUUGCAGGGAAUGUGACUCAGUCCGUUAAAUUAAGUGUCCAUGUUCCUCCAAGGAUACAACGUGGCCCUAGGCUUUUAAAGGUGCAAGUUGGUCAGAGAGUUCAUAUCCCCUGCAAUGCCCAAGGAUUACCUUUCCCUGCACUUACCUGGUUUAAAGAUGGAAACUCAAUGGUGAUUGAUGGAAUGCAUUAUGCCAGUAGUCGAGAUGGAACACUAAGCAUUGACCAAGUACAACUUUCAGAUUCUGGUGUAUAUAAAUGUGUUGCUAAUAAUAUAGCUGGCAGUGAUGAAGCAGAAAUAACAGUACAAGUUCAAGAGCCCCCAGUAGUAGAAGAUCUGGAUCCUCCUUAUAAUACUCCAUUCCAAGAAAGAGUGGCCAACCAACGCAUUGCAUUUCCAUGUCCAGUAAAAGGCACCCCCAAACCAACAAUCAAAUGGCUACAUAAUGGCAGAGAGCUGACUGGCAGAGAACCAGGCCUUUCAAUUUUGGAUGAUGGAGCAUUGUUGGUUAUUGCUUCAGUUACACCAUAUGAUAAUGGGGAGUACAUCUGUGUGGCAACCAAUGAAGCUGGAACUACAGAAAGAAAAUAUAAUUUAAAAGUUCAUGUUCCUCCUGAAAUCAAAGAUAAAGGACAAGUGACAAAUGUAUCUGUGGUGCUAAACCAGCCCACAAAUCUCAUUUGUGAAGUCUCAGGCAACCCAUCUCCUAUCAUCAUGUGGUACAAAGAUGAUGUCCAGGUGACUGAAAGUAACACUGUCCAGAUAACACAUAAUGGGAAGAUGCUACAGCUCUUCAAAGCUUCUCCGGAAGAUGCUGGGCACUACACCUGUAGAGCAAUUAAUAUUGCUGGCAAUUCUGAGAAGGAUUUCAACAUUGCUGUGCUCAUUCCACCCACCAUAAUAGGUGCCAAUUUUCCAAGUGAAGUUUCAGUUAUCCUCAACCAUGACACAAGCUUGGAGUGUCAGGUCAAAGGCACUCCCUUUCCUGCUAUUCAGUGGUUCAAAGAUGGAAAGCCCUUAUUUUUAGGAGACCCAAACAUUGAACUUCUAGACAGAGGACAAGUUCUAUAUCUAAAGAAUGUACGUCGAAGUGACAAAGGACGAUAUCAGUGCAGUGUAUCCAAUGCAGCUGGCAAACAAAACAAAGAUAUCAAAUUGACUGUCUAUGUUCCACCUAGUAUUAAAGGAAGUAAUAUGACCACUGAAAUAUCUGCAAUGAUCAACAGCAUAAUUAAGCUAGAGUGUGAAGCACGUGGACUUCCAGUGCCUGUCAUAACAUGGCAUAAAGAUGGCCAGCUGAUCAUAUCCAACCCACAAGCCCUUUAUAUUGAUAAGGGGCAUUUUCUACAGAUCCCUCAUGCUCAAGUAUCUGAUUUUGGAAAAUACACAUGUCAUGUGACAAACAUUGCUGGAACAGCUGAAAAAGCAUAUGAAGUGGAUGUGUAUGUUCCACCAAUUAUUGAAGGCAACUCAGAAACACCUCUGAAUAGACAAGUGAUUGUUGGCAAUUCCCUGACACUGGAGUGUAAAGCAGCUGGCAACCCUCCUCCAGUCCUUACCUGGCUGAAAGAUGGUGCACCUGUAAAAGCGAGUGACAACAUCCACAUAGUAGCUGGUGGGAAAAAGCUUGAAAUCAUGAAUAUUCUAGAAGCUGACCAUGGACAAUACGUAUGUGUGGCUAACAGUGUUGCUGGAGAAAAGGAAAUCAAAUACAAUGUUGAUGUCUUAGUACCACCAACUGUGGAAGGUGGAGAUGAAUCAUCUGACUUCAUCGUGGUUGUUAAUAACUUGUUGGAACUGGACUGUCAAGUGAUGGGAUCACCCCCACCAACUAUCAUGUGGUUGAAAGAUGGCCAGCCAAUUGAUGAAGAAGAUGGAUUCAAGAUUUUAUUAAAUGGACGCAAACUUGUUAUUCCACAGGCCCAAGUGUCUGACACAGGUCGUUAUCAGUGUGUGGCAACAAACACAGCUGGAUCUCAUGAAAAGGAAUUUGAUGUAACAGUUCUUGUUUCUCCAACAAUAAAGUCUACAGGACCUUCUGAGAGAUCUGUAGUGAUAUACAAAUCUGUAACCUUACAGUGCAUAGCUAAUGGCAUUCCCAAUCCUUCUAUCACCUGGUUAAAAGAUGGCCAACCCGUGAACACUGCUCGAGGAAACAUUAAACUUCAGUCUUCUGGCCGAAUUCUACAAAUUGCCAAAGCCCUUCUGGAAGAUGCUGCUAAGUACACCUGUGUGGCUACUAAUGCAGCUGGAGAAGCUCAACAGCAUAUUCGCUUACAUGUGCAUGAACCUCCCCACUUUGAGAAUGCAGGGAAGAUGUUGAAUGAAACAGUUGUGAUUAACAGUCCAGUACAGCUUGAAUGUGAAGCAUCUGGAAAUCCUUUGCCUGCAAUUACAUGGUAUAAAGAUAAUCAUCCACUUUCAAGCUCUGCUGGUGCCACUUUCUUGAAAAGGGGACAAAUCAUUGAGAUUGAUAGUGCUCAAAUUGCUGAUACUGGCAUUUACAAAUGUGUAGCCAUCAAUACUGCAGGGACUGCUGAAUUAUUUUACAGCCUACAGGUUCAUGUCCCCCCAUCAAUUUCUGGCAGUAAUGACAUGAUGUCUGUGGUCGUUAAUAACCUGGUAAGGUUAGAGUGUGAGGCCAGAGGCAUCCCUGCACCAAGUUUGACCUGGCUAAAAGAUGGUAGCCCUGUCUCCAGCUUCUCGGAUGGAAUUCAGGUGCUUUUUGGUGGUAGAGUCCUAGCAUUGACUAGUGCACAAAUCAGUGAUACAGGAAAAUACACCUGUGUGGCAGUGAAUGCUGCUGGGGAGAAACAAAGGGAUAUUGAUCUCAGAGUAUAUGUUCCACCAAAUAUUAUGGGAGAAGAGCAGAAUGUCUCCGUCUUCAUUAACCAAGAUGUGGAGCUACAUUGUCAGGGCAAUGCUAUUCCCCCACCCAUUUUGACUUGGUUAAAAGAUGGUCGACCUCUGCUAAAGAAAUCAGGCCUCAGUAUCUCUGAAAAUGGAAGUGUUUUGAAGAUCGAAGGAGCACAGGUUCAAGACACUGGCCGCUAUACUUGUGAAGCAACAAAUAUUGCUGGGAAAACUGAGAAGAAUUACAAUGUCAACAUUUGGGUACCACCUAAUAUUCAUGGUUCAGAUGAACUUACUCAACUGACUGUCAUUGAAGGCAGCCUCAUUAGUUUGAUAUGUGAGUCCAGUGGCAUUCCACCACCAAGUCUUAUUUGGAAAAAGAAAGGGUCUCCAAUGUUAACUGAUUCCACAGGAAGAGUCAGGAUGUUAUCAGGAGGCAGACAGCUACAGAUUUCAAUUGCUGAAAGGUCUGAUGCAGGAUUAUAUAUAUGUAUUGCAUCAAAUGUUGCUGGGAAUGCAGAGAAAAAAUACAAUUUGCAAGUUUACACUCGUCCGACUAUAUUAGGAAACAGUAAUCACCCUGCUGAAGUCACUGUGACUCGAGGGAAGAGUGUCACUUUGGAAUGUGAAGUACAAGGUAUUCCUAAGCCAUCAGUAAGCUGGAUGAAAGAUGGCCGCCCUCUGUUCACUGGGAGAGGAGUGGAAAUUCUGAAUGAAGGACACGUUCUUCAACUGAAAAACAUCCAUGUCUCAGACACUGGCCGUUAUGUGUGUGUGGCAGUGAAUGUAGCAGGAAUGACUGAUAAAAAAUAUGACUUGAGUGUUCAUGUCCCGCCAAGCAUUGUAGGAGACCAGGAAGUACCUGAAAACAUAAGUGUGGUGGAAAAGAAUCCUGUUACAUUGACUUGUGAAGCAUCAGGAAUUCCUCUACCUUCAAUAACCUGGCUUAAAGAUGGAUGGCCCAUUUCUUUAAGUAGUUCCAUGAGAAUUUUGUCAGGAGGCAGGAUGCUACGGUUGAUGCAGGCCAGAGUAGAAGAUGCUGGCCAGUAUACUUGUGUAGUAAGGAACACAGCUGGUGAAAAAAGGAGAAUCUUUGGUCUCUCUGUGUUAGUGCCUCCUAGCAUUGUCGGUGAGAAUACAUUAGAAGAUGUGAAGGUAAAAGAAAAACUUAGUGUUACGCUGACAUGUGAAGCAAUAGGGAAUCCAGUUCCACAGAUAACCUGGCUAAAAGAUGGACAGCUUCUCACUGAGGAUGGAGAUCAUCAAAUUAUGUCUAGUGGACGUUUUCUUCAAAUUACCAAUGCCCAAGUGUCAGAUACUGGGAGAUAUACAUGCAUGGCCUCUAAUGUUGCUGGUGACAAGAGCAGAAGUUUCAGUCUUAAUGUGUUUGUAUCUCCUACUAUUGCUGGUGUUGAUAAUGAUGGUAAUCCUGAAGAUGUAACGGUUAUUCUUAACAGUCCUACUUCAUUGGUCUGUGAAGCAUAUUCAUAUCCUCCAGCUACCAUCACCUGGUUUAAAAAUGGAGCUCCUAUAGAGUCAAAUCAAAAUAUCAGGAUUCUUCCAGGAGGGAGAACUCUGCAGAUCCUAAAUGCUCAGGAGGACCAUGCUGGUAGAUACUCUUGUGUAGCUACUAAUGAAGCUGGGGAAAUGGUAAAACACUAUGAAGUAAAGGUCUAUAUUCCACCUAUAAUUAAUAGAAGAGACCUUUUGGGGCCAGGUCUUUCUCCCAAAGAAGUAAAAAUCAAAGUCAACAAUAGCCUAACCCUGGAAUGUGAAGCUUAUGCAAUUCCUGCUCCUGCUCUCAGCUGGUAUAAGGAUGGACAGCCCCUUAAAUCAGAUGAUCAUGUUAAUAUUGCUGUCAAUGGACGCACACUUCAAAUAAAGGAGGCUCAAGUAUCAGACACUGGUCGAUAUACCUGUGUAGCAUCUAAUAUCGCUGGAGAAGAUGAAUUAGAAUUUGAUGUGAAUAUACAAGUACCUCCCAGUUUUCAGAAACUCUGGGAAAUUGGAAAUAUGCUGGAUACAGGCCGGAGUGGUGAAGUCAAAGAUGUGAUAAUCAACAAUCCCAUUUCUCUUUAUUGUGAAACAAAUGCCGUUCCUCCUCCCACUCUUACAUGGUUUAAAGAUGGUUAUCCUUUGACUUCUAAUGAUAAAGUCUUAAUAUUACCAGGAGGACGAGUGUUACAGAUUCCCCGGGCCCAAGUAGAAGAUGCUGGUAGAUACACCUGUGUUGCUGUGAAUGAGGCUGGAGAAGAUUCCCUUCAGUAUGAUAUUCGUGUGCUCUUACCACCGUCCAUUAAGGGAGCUGACAUUGAUUUACCUGAAGAGGUCACUGUGCUGGUCAACAAGACUGCACUAAUGGAAUGUGUGUCAAGUGGCAGUCCAGUACCAAGCAAUUCCUGGCAAAAAGAUGGACAGCUCUUAGUGGAAGAUGAUCAUCAUAUAUUUCUAUCCAAUGGGAGAACUUUACAGAUACUAAAUUCCCAAAUAGCAGAUAUCGGAAGGUAUGUGUGUGUUGCAGAGAACAUAGCUGGAAGUGCCAAAAAAUAUUUUAAUCUAAAUGUACACGUUCCUCCAAGUAUCAUUGGUACUAAUCCUGAAAAUCUGACUGUGGUGGUGAAUAAUUUCAUCUCUUUGGCCUGUGAGGCCACGGGUUUUCCACCUCCUGAUCUCAGCUGGCUCAAGAAUGGAAAAUCCAUCAGCUUGAGCAAUAAUGCUCUCAUUGUGCCUGGUGGAAGAAGUCUUCAAAUUAUACGGGCCAAAAUAUCUGAUGGUGGGGAAUACACAUGUAUAGCAAUGAACCAAGCUGGUGAAAGCAAGAAAAAAAUUUCCCUGAUUGUCUAUGUUCCCCCAAGCAUUAAGGAUCAUGGCAGUGAAUCUCUUUCUGUUAUUAAUGUACGAGAAGGAUCUCCAGUGUCAUUGGAGUGUGAGUCUAAUGCUGUUCCACCUCCAGUCAUAACCUGGUACAAGAAUGGACGGAUAAUCAUGGAAUCUGCUAACUUGGAGAUUUUAGGUGAUGGACAAAUGCUACACAUCAAGGGAGCUGAGGUAUCUGACACAGGCCAAUAUGUAUGUAGAGCUAUAAAUGUAGCAGGACAAGAUGAUAAAAAUUUCCAUCUUAAUGUUUAUGUACCACCCAAGAUAGAAGGACCCCAAGAAGAGGAUGUUGUUGAGACCAUCAGUAAUCCUGUGACUCUUGCAUGUGAUGCUACUGGAAUUCCUCCACCCACUCUGGUAUGGUUGAAGAACAGAAAGCCAAUAGAAAAUUCUGAUUCACUUGAGAUCCACGUUUUGUCUGGUGGAAGCAAGCUACAGAUUGCUCGGUCUCAAAAUUCAGACAGUGGAACAUAUACUUGUAUUGCAUCAAAUAUAGAAGGAAAAGCUCAGAAAAAUUACCAUCUUUCCAUUCAAGUUCCUCCAAAUAUUGUUGGUUCUGAAAUGCCAAGUGAAGUCAGUGUUCUUCUGGGAGAAAAUAUUCAUCUUGUCUGCAAUGCUAAUGGAAUUCCCAGGCCAGUUGUUCAGUGGCUGAAAGAUGGAAAACCCAUAACCAAUGGUGAAACAGAAAGAAUACGAGUGACUCCAGAUGGCAGCACGCUAAACAUUUUCGGAGCUCUCACAUCUGACAUGGGGAAAUACACUUGUGUAGCUACUAAUCCUGCAGGAGAAGAAGACCGAAUUUUUAACUUGAAUGUCUAUGUUUCACCUGCAAUUGUGGGUAAUAAGGAGGAAGCAGAGAAGUUAAUGGCCUUAUUGGAUACUUCAAUAAACAUUGAAUGUACAGCCACUGGAAUUCCACCACCACAAAUUAAUUGGCUCAAGAAUGGACUCCCUUUACCUAUCUCAUCCCAAAUCCGACUGCUGGCUGCAGGGCAGGUGAUCAGAAUUGUGAGAGCUCAGGUAUCUGAUGUUGGAAUAUAUACUUGUGUGGCCUCCAACAGAGCUGGGGUAGAUAAUAAACAUUAUAAUCUACAAGUUUUUGUACCACCAAGCAUGGACAAUGCAGCUGGAACUGAGGAAAUUACAAUUGUAAAAGGCAGUCCUACCUCACUGACAUGCAUUACUAAUGGAAUCCCAAUUCCCACUAUGACAUGGCUUAAAGAGAAUCAACCUCUGGAGCUGGACACCCAUUUGAAAAUGAAUAACCAAGGAAUGGCCCUUCAGAUUGUUGAAGCAAAGAUUGAAGAUUCUGGAAGAUACACUUGUAUUGCCUCCAAUGAAGCAGGGGAAGUCAAGAAGCACUUUGUCCUAAAGGUUCUGGAGCCACCUCAUAUCAAUGGAUCAGAUCAUCCAGAAGAGAUAUCUGUAGUUGUUAAUAAUCUUCUUGAGCUUUUCUGCAUGGCUUCUGGUAUUCCCACUCCCAAAAUUAUGUGGAUGAAAGAUGGACGCCCCUUACCACAGAUUGAUGACGUUCAGAUUGUUGGAGGAGGAGAAGUUCUUCGACUACCUAGUGCUCAGGUGGAAGACACAGGAAGAUAUACAUGUUUGGCAUCUAGUCCUGCAGGAGAUGAUGACAGAGAAUAUUUGGUGAGAGUGCAUGUACCGCCUAAUAUUUCUGGGACCAGUGAUCUUCAGGACAUCGUUGUGUUACAAAACAGACAAGUUACACUGGAAUGCAAAUCAGAUGCAGUGCCCCCACCCAUAAUUACUUGGCUUAAAAAUGGAGAGCAAUUACAGGCAACUCCACGAAUACGUAUUCUGUCUGGUGGGCGAUACUUACAGAUCAACAAUGCAGACCUAGGGGAUACAGCCAGCUAUACCUGUGUUGCAAGUAAUAUUGCAGGAAAGACUACAAGGGAAUUUGUUCUGACUGUACAUGUUUCUCCAACCAUAAAAGGUGGCCCUCAGAGUGUUGUUGUUCAUUUGAAUAAAUCAGCUAUAUUGGAAUGCAUAGUUGAAGGUGUACCAACCCCAAGAAUUACCUGGAGAAAAGAUGGAGCUAUUCUAACUGGUAAUAAUGCCAGAUAUUCUGUCUCAGAGAAUGGAUUCCUUCAUAUUCACUCAGCACAUGUCAGUGACACUGGCAGAUAUUUGUGCAUGGCCACCAAUGCUGCAGGAACAGAACGCAAGAGAAUUGAUUUACAAGUCCAUGUCCCUCCAUCUGUUGCUCCUGGACCUACCAAUAUUACUGUUACUGUAAAUGUUCAAACCACUCUGGCAUGUGAAGCUUCUGGAAUCCCAAGACCAUCAGUAAGUUGGAAGAAGAAUGGACAAUUUCUUAAUGUGGAUCAAAAUCAAAAUUCCUACAGGUUGUUGUCUUCAGGAUCUCUAAUAAUCAUUUCACCUACUGUAGAUGACACUGCAAUAUAUGAAUGCACUGUGUCAAAUGAUGCUGGAGAGGAUCAGAGAGCCAUGAGACUCACUGUACAAGUUCCACCUUCCAUAGCAGAUGAGACUACUGAUCUCUUAGUAACUAAAUUGUCUCCUGUAGUGAUUACCUGUGCUGCUUCAGGUGUACCAUUGCCCUCAAUUCACUGGUCAAAGAAUGGAAUAAGACUGCUUCCCAGAGGAGAUGGCUACAGAAUUCUUUCUUCAGGGGCAAUUGAAAUAACAGCUGCUAAAUUAGACCAUGCUGGAAGGUAUACCUGUGUGGCUAGGAAUGCAGCUGGCUCUGCACAUCGGCAUGUAAACCUUCAUGUUCAAGAGCCUCCAAUCAUUCAGUCCCAGCCAAGCAGUCUAGAUGUCAUUCUGAACAACCCAAUUUUACUGCCAUGUGAAGCAACAGGGACGCCCAGUCCCAUUAUUACUUGGCAAAAAGAAGGCAUUAAUAUCAUCACCUCAGGAGAAAGUUAUACAGUUCUUCCUAAUGGUGGUUUACAAAUCACCAAGGCUGUUAUUAAUGAUGCUGGUACUUAUAUGUGUGUGGCUCAGAAUCCAGCUGGCACAGCCCUAGGCAAGAUCAAGUUAAAAGUCCAAGUUCCUCCAGUCAUUCAUUCCCAUCCAAAGGAAUAUAUUGUUUCUGUGGAUAAACCUGUCACUCUGAUGUGUGAGGCUGAAGGCUCCCCACCUCCUGACAUCACUUGGCAUAAAGAUGGACAUGAAGUGACAGAAUCAGUUCGUCAGCGAAUCCUCAGCUCUGGGGCUUUGCAUAUCGCAUUUGCUCAGCCUGAGGACACAGGGCAGUAUACAUGCAUGGCAGCAAAUGUGGCAGGAUCACGUAGCUCAAGCACCAGUCUCACUGUCCAUGUGCCACCUAGAAUCCGUACCACAGAGGUACAAUACACAGUCAAUGAAAAUUCACAAGCUAUUCUACCAUGUGUGGCUGAUGGAAUUCCUACACCAGCAAUAAACUGGAAGAAAGACAACAUUCUUUUAACUGACUUACUGGGAAAAUACACAGCCGAGCCAUAUGGAGAACUCAUUUUGGAAAAUGCUGUUCCUGAGGAUUCUGGCAGUUAUACCUGUGUUGCUAAUAAUGCAGCAGGUGAGGACACACACACCAUCACCCUGACUGUGUAUGUUCUGCCUACAUUUACGGAACUUCCUGGAGAUAUAUCUUUAAAUAAAGGAGAUGAGCUGAGGUUGAGCUGCAGAGCCACUGGCCUUCCACUGCCCAAGUUGACAUGGACUUUUAACAACAAUAUUAUCCCAGCACAGUUUGACAGUGUAAAUGGACACAGUGAACUAAUUAUUGAAAGAGUAUCAAAAGAAGACUCUGGCACUUAUGUAUGUACAGCAGAAAACAAAGUUGGUUUUGUCAAGGCUAUUGGAUUUGUAUAUGUGAAAGAACCUCCGGUUUUCAAAGGGGACUAUCACUCUAACUGGAUUGAGCCCCUUGGAGGUAAUGUGAUCCUGAAUUGUGAAGUUAAAGGUGAUCCCCCACCAACAAUACAAUGGAGUAGAAGUGGAGUUGGAGUACAGAUAAGCAAUAGGAUCCGACAGCUCAGCAAUGGUUCUCUGGCCAUCUAUGGCACUGUAAACGAAGAUGCAGGUGACUAUAAAUGUAUAGCUACAAAUGAUGCUGGUGUGGUGGAGCGCAGCAUGACUUUAACACUUCAGAGUCCUCCAAUUAUCACUAUUGAGCCAAUGGAGACUAUUACUGACGCUGGCAGCACAAUUGUGCUGAAUUGCCAAGCCAUUGGAGAGCCUCCACCAACCAUUGAAUGGUCUCGCCAAGGACGUCCUCUCCUCUGGGAUGAUCGAGUUACGCUGCUGUCCAACAACUCCUUGAGGAUUGCUGUAGCUCAGAAAGAAGAUACCUCUGAUUAUGAAUGUGUGGCUAGAAACUUGAUGGGCUCAGUCCUUGUCAGAGUACCUAUCACUGUCCAAGUGCAUGGUGGAUUUUCAGAAUGGUUUGAAUGGAGACCUUGUAGUGUCACCUGUGGUCAAGGUGUUCAGAAAAGGAUUCGUCAGUGCAGUAACCCCUUUCCGGCCAAUGGUGGGAAGCCUUGCCAAGGCCCAGAUUCAGAAAUGCGCAACUGUCAAAACAAACCUUGCCCAGUGGAUGGCAACUGGUCAGAAUGGAGCUCUUGGGAAGAGUGUACAAAGACUUGUGGACAAGGAAACCGAACCAGGACCAGAACUUGUAAUAAUCCUCCAGCCCAACAUAAUGGAAAGCCAUGUGAAGGAAAUGCUGUGGACAUAUUCAUGUGUAACACUAAACCUUGUCCAGUUCGAGGAGCAUGGAGCACUUGGCUGCCCUGGGGGUCAUGUAGCGAAAGUUGCGGAAAAGGCACUCAGACAAGAAUGAGAUUAUGUAAUAAUCCUCCUCCAUCGUUUGAUGGAGCCUACUGUGACGGAGCAGAAACACAAAUGCAAGUUUGUAAUGAAAGACUCUGCCCAGUGGAUGGCAAAUGGGCUCCCUGGACCAGUUGGAGUGCCUGUAGUGUGUCCUGUGGAGGAGGUUCCAGGCAGAGAACAAGGGAUUGCUCUGAUCCAGCCCCCGAGUAUGGAGGGCGCAAAUGUGAAGGAAAUGAUGUCCAGAUUGACUUCUGUAAUAGUGACCCUUGUCCAAUUCAUGGUAGCUGGAGCCCAUGGAGUGGCUGGGGAACUUGUAGCAGGACAUGCAAUGGAGGGCAAAUGAGGAGAUACCGUACUUGUGACAAUCCUCAUCCAGCCAAUGGUGGAAGGGCAUGUGCCGGAGCAGAUUCUCAGAUCCAGAGAUGCAAUAUUGACAUGUGUCCUGUGGAUGGAAAUUGGGGAAACUGGCAGACUUGGAGCAGGUGUUCUGCUUCCUGUGGAGGAGGAGAAAAAACUCGGAAACGCCUUUGUAAUAACCCAGCCCCAUCCAAAGGUGGACGCCCUUGUCCAGGAGAUGCUACUCAGCUUUCCAGAUGCAAUAUACAAACAUGUCCAGGUGGGCCACAGCAGGCCAGAGGAAGUGUUAUUGGAAACAUUAAUGAUGUUGAAUUUGGAAUUGCUUUCCUCAAUGCCACAGUGAUAGAUAGCCCUCAUUCUGACACUAGAGUAAUACAAGCCAAAAUUACCAAUGUCCCUCGCAGUCUUGGUCCAGCAAUGAGGAAAAUAGUUUCUAUCCUGAAUCCCAUUUAUUGGACAACAGCGAAAGAAAUAGGAGAAGCUGUCAAUGGUUUUACCCUCACUAAUGCUGUCUUCAAAAGAGAAACACAAGUGGAAUUUGCAACUGGAGAAAUUCUGCGCAUGACUCACAUUGCUCGUGGUUUGGAUUCAGAUGGAACUUUGAUGCUAGAUAUUGUAGUGAGUGGCUAUGUCCUACAACUUCAGUCACCUGCAGAUGUUACUAUAAAGGAUUACACAGAAGACUACAUUCAAACAGGUCCUGGCCAACUAUAUGCAUACUCUACCAGACUUUUCACAGUUGAUGGUGUUAGUGUCCCAUAUACUUGGAAUCAUACGAUUUCCUAUGAUCAGGCUCUGGGAAGAAUGCCAUUUCUAGUAGAAACUCUCCAUGCCUCAUCCAUUGCAUCUGAUUACAACCAGUUAGAAGAAACUCUGGGUUUUAAAAUCCAUGCUUCAAUCUCUAAAGGAGACAGGAGCAAUCAGUGCCCUUCUGGAUUUGUGUUAGAUUCAGCUGGACCCUUCUGUGCUGAUGAAGAUGAAUGUGCAGUUCGAAAUCCCUGUUCUCAUAGCUGUCAUAAUGCUAUGGGGACUUAUUAUUGUUCCUGCCCCAAAGGCCUCACUAUAGCUGCUGAUGGAAGAACCUGUCAAGAUAUCGAUGAAUGUGCUUUGGGUGGAUACAGCUGCCACACAGGUCAGGACUGUGACAAUACCAUUGGCUCCUAUCAAUGUGUAGUCAGAUGUGGAAGUGGCUUCCGGCGGACAACUGAUGGACUGAGUUGUCAGGAUGUUAAUGAAUGUCAAGAAUCUAAUUCCUGUCACCAGCGCUGCUUCAAUACCAUAGGCAGUUUCCACUGUGGAUGUGAACCAGGUUAUCAACUUAAAGGCAGAAAAUGCAUGGAUGUGAAUGAGUGCAGACAAAAUGUGUGCAGACCAGAUCAACAUUGCAAAAAUACACGUGGUGGCUACAAAUGCAUUGAUCUUUGUCCAAAUGGAAUGACCAAAGCUGAAAAUGGAACCUGCAUUGAUAUUGACGAAUGCAAAGAUGGCACUCAUCAAUGCAGAUAUAACCAGAUCUGUGAAAAUACAAAAGGAAGCUAUCGUUGUGUAUGCCCACGAGGUUAUCGGUCUCAGGGAGUUGGAAGACCCUGUAUGGACAUUAAUGAGUGUGAACAGGUGCCUAAACCUUGUGCACAUCAGUGCACCAACAUUGCUGGCAGCUUCAAGUGUCUCUGUCCACCUGGACAACAUUUAUUAGGUGAUGGGAAAUCUUGCGCUGGAUUGGAGAGGCUACCAAAUUAUGGUGCCCGUUACAGUAGUUAUAAUCUUGCACAGUUCUCCCCUCUGAGAGACAACAAUCAACCUCAACAGCAUUACAGACAGUACUCAAAUCGCUACAGCUCCUACUCAGAGUAUAGAAACAGCAGAACAUCUAUCUCCAGGACUAAAAGGAAUAUUAGGAAAACUUGCCCUGAAGGCUAUGAGGCAAGAAAUCACACAUGUAUAGAUAUUGAUGAAUGUGAAAACAGAGAUUCCUGUCAACAUGAGUGUAAAAACACUUUUGGAAGCUAUAGAUGUGUCUGUCCACCAGGCUAUCAGCUUAUGCCAAAUGGCAAGACAUGUCAAGAUAUCGAUGAGUGCCUGGAACAGAACAUUCAUUGUGGACCCAAUCGAAUGUGUUUUAACAUGAGAGGAAGCUACCAGUGUAUCGACACACCAUGUCCACCCAACUAUCAACGAGAGCCUGUUUCAGGGUUCUGUCUUAAAAAUUGUCCACCCAAUGAUUUGGAAUGUUCCUUAAGCCCAUACGCACUGGAAUACAAACUUGUCUCCCUCCCAUUUGGAAUAGCCGCCAAUCAAGAUUUAAUCCGGCUGGUUGCAUAUACACAGGAUGGAGUGAUGCAUCCCAGGACGACAUUCCUCAUGGUGGAUGAGGACCAGACAGUUCCUUUUGCCCUCAGGGAUGAAAACUUGAAAGGUGUUGUAUAUACCACUCGCCCUCUGCGAGAAGCAGAGACUUACCGGAUGAGGGUUAGAGCCCUGUCCUACAGUGCCAAUGGGACCAUUGAAUAUCAGACAACAUUCAUUGUUUAUAUAGCUGUAUCUGCCUAUCCAUAUUAACGCAUGUAGCUUAACAGUAUUCAUAGUGGAAAUACCUGCCCCUUCCACAUUGACCUUCCCCUCUCUUUCUAAACAGUUGUAAACUUUGCAACUUGAAAAUGGUGCUACGCUCCUUCUCGUGCCUGCCUCAGCACUGCUGAGUUGUUUCCAGUAUUCCGUUGAUUGGGGGGAGGUGUGUGUGUGUGUGUUUGCAUGUGUGUAUGUGUACU